GCCAUAAAAAAGUAUCGGAGAAAUUUUGUUACGAAAAUUAUCCAGUCACCUUGGUACAUACAUAUAUGGAAAACAUAUUUCAUGCGUGAAGGUAUUACAGGGAUAUCAUAAUAUCCUCGGUGAUUAAACGAGAUAAUCUUUCAAUAAAAAAAUAACAGAAUCUUUGAGAUAUUUGAACUUCUUAUUUAAUUAUUUUCUAUUCUUAAAGAUUCCUAAGUACAUAUUUUUUCAAAUUUGUAUAAUGUAAUAUAAAAAAUGAUAUAGAAAUAACUUUAAUAUACAUCAGUAAUAAAUUUUAAUUUUCUAUUUUUCCUUAAAAACACUCAAAACUUAAUUUAUAAAUGGUAGCAUAGUGGUCAGAUAAUAAUACCGAUAAAGUGUUUCAGUUACAUUUAAACAAGAUUAUGGGAAUCAACUUAUAUUUACCGGUGCUUGAUAUUUACUCUACAUACAGAUAAUGUUACGUAAUGGAAAUAUUGUCGAUAGCGAGGAGCAAAAGUAAAAAAUUACAAAAGGGAAUGAUUCUUUACAUCUAUGUUAUUAUAUUCAUUGAUAGCAUCGUAAAAUACGGUUAAUAAAGAAUAUUGAGUUGUUUUAUCGAUAUGAUAGAAUUAAAGGGAAGAGCUGUACGAUAAAUAACUUUUGACGUUUUAAAUAUUGUACGUGGCUGGAUUGAAACAUUUGCGUCACCUCUUAGAAAUAGAUGAUAACGGAAAUUGGUAUACGCAAAUAACAUAUACGCGAUUAUAAAUAGUUAUAGUUAAAAUUAUUCCUUUUGACAUAUAUGAGUAAUAAUAUGUACAUACAUAUACAUAUGCACGUUCGUACGUUAUCAGUGACGUUUUACGACAUCCGUCUUUAAUUAGAACUUCGAAAUCAAGUAGCAGUUCAUGAACAAAUUAGAUGUCAAAUCGUAAUAUUUCAUCGAUUCUCUUAAAUCAGUUAUAGAUAAAAAUUACACAACUAAUAAUCAAAAUUUUAAGCAAUGAAGAUAUAUAUUUUAAAGUAGCCAGUCAGUUGCAAAUAUGUAUACAUAGAAUCAUAUAAUCGUACAAUAAAAUUAUUUAUUAAAAAUCAAAGUUAAUUAGAUAUAUUAUUAUAAAAGAAAAAAUAUGUAGAUAGGAAAUUAUAUGAAGCAUGUUAGAAAAAUGGGAAAAAUUAUUAUAGGAAAUCUGCAAUUUAUUGCUAUUAUAAGUUAGUACAAUAAUAUUUUUCAUUUUUCAUAGAUAAAAGAUAUAUUUUUAUACAUUAAUUUAGCUUAUGUAAAACAGUGAGUUUUAUACUCAUAUAAAAAUCACCAAGGUUUAUUAACAAUGAUUCGUUUUAAUUAUUGAUUAAAAAUAUAGGACGCUAAAUAAUCAAAUUUUAAGGUUAAAAACAUGUUAAGUCAUUUGUUUGAUCUAAAAUAAUAUAAUAUAGAAUGAUAAAUAAUUUACAUUGAUUAAAACAUAGUUACAUAAUUUGAUUGCCCUUUUUAUUUGAUGUAGAUUCAUGUUGUUUUAUAAAGAAUAAAUUUAAUACAUGUAUAUAUAACAUACAGGUAUGUAAUGAGUAAUGACUGGCAAUGAUAACAAAAGGCCAAUCAUUCCAUGUCGUUACGCGGGAAGUUGCAAACAUUAUUGGUCGGUUGAAAUUCAUCACGUGAUCCUUUAGACUGUUGCAGAUAAAAGAUAAUAAAGUGGGUCGUGAAUCGUACAUUUGCGUGAAAAGUGAUUUUACAAGUAUCAAUGGAAUUUUCGUAAUUUGAACAUUGAAUGAGUCAUUGCUUACAUUACAAAGUAUAUAUUCAACUAGUGUCAUAAGAAAACUAUACUGUUCUGUCAACAAAUCGACAAAUGAGAAAGUAAUAUGGCGGACACUGCGCAUUUGAAUGGAUUAGAAUCAUGCUUUCAAAGGGGAAAUCUUACUUUAAAAGUACCUAUGUCCCUUUUUGAAAACAAUCGGAAAAGAUUAGUCGAACGCAUUAACUCAAAUACAAAAGUACCAACUACAGGCACUUUUAUUAUUCUCGAAGGAGGAGUUGAGAUUCCGUUUAAUGAUACUGAUAUAUGCUGGCCAUUCAGACAGGAGUCAUUUUUUCAAUGGUGUUUCGCUGUUGAAGAGCCAGGAUGUUAUGGUGCCCUUGAUUUAGCAACAGGAACGUCCAUUUUAUUUAUGCCACGAUUACCGCCUGAAUAUGCAAUUUGGGAAGGAAAAUUACAUAGUUUGGAUGAUUUUAAAAAACGAUAUGCAGUAGACGAAACUUAUUAUACCGAUGAGAUAGCUAAAGUUUUGAAAUCAAAACAAGCAAAUCUUCUUCUCACUUUAAAUGGUCAAAAUAGUGAUAGUGGCUUGCAAGCAAAAGAGGCAACUUUUGAUGGCAUUAGUCAGUUCAAAGUUGACAAUAAAAUUUUAUAUCCUGAAAUAUGUGAAUGUCGAGUCAUAAAAUCUCCACAAGAAAUUAAGGUACUGGAAUAUGUGAUUAAAGUUAGCUCAGAUGCUCACAAAUCUAUUAUGCAAAUGGUGAAACCAGGAUUUGCAGAAUUUCAAGCAGAAGCAGCUUUUAUGCAUUAUGUAUACUCCAUAGGAGGUUGUAGGCAUGUGUCUUAUACUUGUAUUUGUGGAUCUGGACAUAAUGCAUCUAUAUUACAUUAUGGACAUGCUGGUGCUCCCAAUAAUAAAGUUAUAAAUAAUGGUGAUAUGUGCCUUUUUGACAUGGGUGGAAACUACUGUGGAUAUGCAGCUGAUAUUACAUGUAGUUUUCCAGUUAAUGGAAAAUUUACAGAAGACCAAAAAAUGAUCUAUAAUGCAGUGUUGGCUGCUCGUGAUGCAGUGAUGGAUGCUGCAAAGCCUAAUGUUCUUUGGACAGAUAUGCAUCUUUUAGCAAAUAAAACUAUGUUAAUUUCAUUAAAAACCGGUGGUUUAUUAGUAGGCGAUGUUGAUGAAAUGAUGAAAGCAGGAUUGCACGAAGUUUUUCAGCCUCAUGGGCUUGGACACCUUAUGGGAUUAGAUGUUCAUGAUGUUGGUGGAUAUCUUCCAGGACAUCCUGAACGUUCAUCAGCUCCAGGCUUAAGAAAAUUGAGAACCAGUCGUGUUUUACUAGCUGGUAUGGUUUUGACAAUCGAGCCAGGUUGCUAUUUUAUUGAUUGCUUAUUAGAUGCAGCACUGAAAAAUCCAAAUCAAUCAAAAUUCAUCGUUGCUGAAGAAUUGAAAAGAUUCCGUGGUUGGGGUGGAGUUAGAAUCGAAGAUGAUGUUCUUAUAACGGAAACAGGCGUAAGAAAUUUAACGGAUGUGCCACGCACCGUGGAAGAAAUAGAAGAAUGGAUGGCCGCUAGAAAAGAAUGAAGUUGAUUACAUAUGAGAAAACAAUGAAUACAUCGUAUAAAAUAUGCGAUUGUAUAACGAAGAAUUUCGUGCGAAGAAACGCUAUUUACAUAUUCUGUUCCUUAUGAUAUAAGAACAAUUGUGAUACGUCAUAUAACGUCAUAAAAUAUUUUUACACGCGUUUCUUAUAGCGCAUAUAAUGCAAUAUUUAGCAUCACACAGGUUUAAGUCAUGCCUUUAUAAAUUGUAUAUAAAGAGAAACAAAUAAAACAAUAUUCUUUAUUA